AUGGUUCCAAGGUGGCCUGCCUUCCUCCCCCUCCUCUUCCUCGUGUCGCUGCUGUGUUUUGGAAGACCCUGCCUGGCUAGCUCCAGCUCCGACACGAGCCACGGGGAGACCGCCACGUCCUCAGGCCACGGGGAAUCAGGAGGCCACGGGGAAUCAGGAGGCCAUGGAGAAUCGUUGAACAUCACCACACUACCCAUUGUCUCCUGGAAGUGGAGUCACGUCACUGUGCCCUACUUCGUGGCCCUCUGGAUCCUGGUCUGCUGGCUCUGUAAACUGGUGUUUGAGCUCAACCACCAUCUGACCAGCGUGUUUCCGGAGAGCGGUCUCCUCAUCCUGAUCGGGUUCGUCCUGGGCGGGAUCAUCUGGGGAGCGGACAAGGCUCAGACCUUCACCCUCACGCCCACCAACUUCUUCUUCUACCUCCUGCCGCAGAUCAUCCUGGACGCCGGCUACUUCAUGCCCAACAGGCUCUUCUUCAGAAACCUGGGCACCAUCCUCAUUUAUGCCAUUAUCGGAACGUGCUGGAACGCCGCGGCCGUGGGUUUGUCCCUCUGGGGAUGCUACGAGGGAGGAGCUAUGGGCGACCUGGACAUUGGCCUGCUGCAGUUCUUGCUCUUUGGCAGCCUGUUGGCGGCUGUGGAUCCAGUGGCAGUCAUAGCCGUGUUUGAGGAAGUGCAUGUGAAUGAGGUGCUCUUCAUCCUGGUGUUUGGAGAGUCACUGCUGAAUGAUGGAGUCACAGUAGUAUUGUAUAAUGUGUUUGAUGCUUUUGUCUCUCUUGGGGGGGAGAAGAUUGACGCUGCAGAGAUCGUCAAAGGAAUAAUCUCUUUCUUCGUCGUGGCGUUUGGCGGGUCCCUGGUGGGGGUUGUGUUUGCCAUCCUGUUGUCGCUGCUGACCAGAUGCACCAAGAACAUUCAGAUUAUCGAGGCUGGUUUCAUCUUCGUGCUGGGCUACCUGUCAUACCUGACCGCAGAAAUGCUCUCACUCUCCGCCAUCCUUUCGAUCACCUUCUGUGGUGUGUGCUGUCAGAAGUAUGUGAACGCCAACAUGGAUGAGAAGUCUGUCAUCACCGUGCGUUACGCCAUGAAGGUUCUCGCCAACGGCUCUGAGACCAUGAUUUUCGUCUUCCUUGGCAUCACAGCCAUCGACAAAACCAUCUGGGUUUGGAAUACAGGAUUCAUCCUGCUCUCUCUCCUCUUCAUCUUCAUUUAUAGAUUCAUUGGAGUUUUCUUCUUGACUUGGAUCCUGAACAAAUACCGACUGGUUCCCAUAUCGAUCAUUGACCAAGUAGUAAUGAGUUACGGUGGCCUGAGAGGAGCCGUCGCGUACGGCCUGGCAGCCAUGUUAGAUGAAAGCAAAAUAAAGGAGAAGAAUUUGAUGAUCAGUACCACACUCAUUGUGGUGUACUUCACUGUCAUACUCCAGGGUAUCACAAUGAAACCACUGGUGCAGUGGCUGAAGGUAAAGAGAGUGUCCUCUUCAGAGCUGAAGCUCAUCGAAAAAGUAAACAACAGGGCUUUUGACCACGUGUUGGCAGCGAUUGAGGACAUUUGUGGACGAAUAGGAGACAACUGGUGGACGAGAGGGUGGAAAAAGUUUGAAGAACAUUGGAUUAGCUGGUUACUAAUGAAGCCAUCUGCCAGGAAAUCUCAAGAUUAUAUCUUUGGAAUCUUCCACAAACUGAAUCUGGAGGAUGCUGCAAACUAUGUCACAGAGGGUGAACGAAGAGGUUCUCUAGCAUUCCUUCGGACUGACGACAAAGCUGGCGUUGACUUCAAGAAGAAGUUUGGCUCGGAAUUCGCAGAAGUGAUGCCCGACAUCAUGGCAGACACGUCGGAAGCUGGCUUUGGCAUCGAGAAUGUGCCUGUCACGUCCAUCAUACACGACAGCGUUCCCUCGGUGUCACUGAACAUCUAUGAAGAGGACAUGAGGAACACAGCGCAGGACAUCAAUGCACAUCACUUACUGCAGCAGCACCUGUACAGGAGCAGGAAAAACCACCGACACAGAUACAGCCGCAGUCACUUUGGCAUUAAUGAGAGUGAGAACGAGGUGCAGGAGAUCUUCCAAAGAACCAUGAGAAGCCGCCUGGAGUCCUUCAAAUCGGCCAAGAUGGGCGUCACACCCGCAAAGAAGAUCACCAAACACCCCAAGAAGGUCAGAGAACAGCGUGAACACAAACACAUGUCAAAUGGAACCGCUGUGGACAAGAGCAAAACCCAUCCGUACGGAGAUGAAGAUUUUGAGUUCUCUGAGGGUGACAGUGCCUCUGGGGUGUCUGGAGGAAGCAGUUUCCCUAUGAGAGUCACGUACUCAGCAGGAGCUGGCAUAGAGAACCCAGCCUUCAUGCCAGAGAUGGACACCCCUCCCCCAAUGAGAAACCCCCCAUGGGCGCCCGGGUCUGACGUCGACGCCACCGUCGCCCCCUCUCAGAGGGCCCAAAGACAGCUGCCCUGGACCCCCAGUAACCUGCGGCGGUUAGCGCCGCUGCGGAUCAGCGACCGCUCCACAGACUCCUUCGUGAUGGCUGACGUCAUCCCUCCACCGCCAGAACCCGAGGAUCCGGCCCAGGGAGACGGAACUCACAUGUAA